GGUUACAACAAUACUGUAAAUAAAACAGAAACUUGGGAAAUACAAACAUUACUUCAGUGUUUUUGGAUUGCUGUAAUCGAUUGUAGACCCACGUUGUAAAGGAAUUAAGGCAUUGUUUUAUGUCAGUCCUGAUGAUGCAAAAUGGGUUGCAGUCAACUAUGAAACAGAAUACAAGAAAGUACCAAUUGCUGGAUGGUAUUCCAAAUGAUAGGAAUUUUAGCCUCUUUAAAUUAAUUUUUCAUUUGUAAACAUGUCUCAUUCAUCGUCUGCCAGUAGUGACGGGGAGAUUAUGCUUUUCCCCAUAACAUUGUUUGAUGAUGAUGAUUAUGGUCAAGGAGGUGAAGCAUCUGAUGAGAGGGAGUCUGAAAGUGAGAAUGAAGAAAAGCCAAAGGCUUUUAUGACACUUCGUCAAAGACGAUUAUCAAGAGCGCUUGCAAAUGCACCAAGCAUUAGGCUUGAUAUAAACAAGAACUUGAAUGCUAGUAGAGCAAAAAUCAAUUGGUUAAAAGCAAUUCGUAGAGCAAGAGAUCAGUAUGAACAUGAUCCAUGGUCUAAAUUUCACAUUGAACAAAUUCAAACAGAAAUGUGUAUAAGACAUAGAUAUAAUCCUCACAAGAAAAUAUGGUGUACAGAUGAAGUCCAAGUUAAAAUGCAAACAAAGCCAUUUACAAGAGGAGCAAUGAGACAGUGCUACAGAACGAAGAAGUUGUCAAAGUUUUCUUCUGCCCAUUCACAAGACUGGAACCAUGCCUUGAACUAUGUAUCCAAACGUUACAUAGAGGAGGUUGACAGGGAUGUGUAUUUCCAAGAUGUAAAGUUACAGAUGGAUGCUAAAGUUUGGGCAGAGGAAUAUAAUAGACAUAAUCCACCUAAAAAGGUUGAUAUGAUGCAGAUGUACAUCUUGGAGUUCAAGAAUAGGAAAGGAUCACCACUAUACCACCUAGAACAUUAUAUUGAAGGGAACUAUGUCAAGUAUAAUUCCAACUCAGGAUUUGUAGAAGAUUCAUUAAGAUAUACUCCUCAGGCCUUGAGUCAUUUUACGUUUGAGAGAUCUGACCACCAGCUGAUUGUUGUAGAUAUCCAGGGAGUCGGUGACCUAUAUACUGAUCCCCAGAUUCACACUUUUGAGGGUACUGAGUAUGGUGAUGGUAACUUGGGAGCUAAAGGCAUUGCUCUCUUUUUCCAUUCACAUGUCUGUAAUGAGAUCUGUCACAGCUUGAGCCUUACUGAGUUUGAUUUGUCACCUAAAGAAUUACAGAAUCAUCAAAAUUUCCUUAGGAAACAGAGGAAAUCAUUCAUGAUGACAAGAGUAAGAGGAACAGAGGAACAUUGUCACUCAUUGUCAAGGUCACCAGGGGACAUGAGUGUAGACAUCACUGAGUUCCUAAGACAGCGAUCAUCAUCGUCUCACAUCAGUGAUUCUGCCGUUGAUAGCCCUAGUCCAGGAUUUGAUGAUGACCCAAUGUCAAUAGAUAGUCCAGUCAACUUGUCCAAUCCUGGCAAUGUUAGAUUCAGAUGUAUGAGUGAAUCAGAUAGUCAGUCAUCCAUGACAGCUGAUGUUGCUAAAAACAUAUAUCUGGGUCUUACCAAUAUAUAUCUGGAUGUUUUAAAGGAGAAUUCAGUAUCUAAGCCACAGGAAUUACACAAACAAAAGGAAGAAAGAAUUAUGUUCCAAAGAAUGGCAGCACAGAGAGCAAGACCAUCAUGUGUAGCUUUAGAGAAAGAUCUUAGAAAAUUAAACAAUCUCAGAAUAGGAGAUUCUAUCCUUGGAAAGGUUCAUCAUGAGAUGGCUAAGUACCAUGAAGUAGGAAGAUUUGUUAUGGGUGAAGACUUAACUGGAGAAAAUAUAGACUGGGAGUCAGCCAUCUUUCAUGAAGAACAUGCUGCUGAACUUGGGGAACUAGAGGCUAUUGUUACAAUGGCUAAACUGUAUCUGAACUUGGAAAGAGAUGUACUUGCCAAUUGUACUGUUGAGCAAACGGAGGAGAACAAAGAACAAGGUAUACAGUAUAUGAUACAGGCAGCUGAAGCAGGAGAUAGAGGGGCUAUGUUAUACAUGGCUAAAGCCUUUGAAACUGGAGAAGGACUAAAUAGCAACAGGAGCAUAUCUUGGGAAGAUGCCAUCCAUUAUUAUAACUUGGCAGUGAAAACUGAUAACCAUGAUGAAGGUGGAGAGUAUGAUAGUACCAUCAAUGAUCCUCUGUAUCAGAUCCAAGCCAAACAGGCAGAGCUGUACAGAUAUGGAGGCCAUGGUCUACAGAAAGACGCUAGUUCUGCUGGUGAUUUAUAUAAUGAAGCAGCUGAAGCCGCCAUGGCUUCAAUGAAAGGAAGACUGGCCAAUAAAUACUUUGCUUUAGCAGAGGAAUGCUAUGGUGAGGUUGAGGAAGAGGAGGAAUCUGAACAAUAAAAACCCUAACAUAUGAAACGAACUUUCCUGUUUCAUUAAUUUUGGAUCACUCCAAUUCUAUUUGGAGGAAAAUGCGUUGAAUAUUUGUAAACAGUGAUAUUUUUGUAUUUAAUACCUUUGCUUGGUGCAUUUCAUAAUGCUUCAAUAAUUUGGCAAUGAAUGAAUGAUUGUAAUAAGUAAAACCAUAUCUUUUCUUUGUUGUUAUUUUUAAUUCCAGUGUUCAGUGUUAUUAUGUAGUGGAUUAUGUUGUAACUUUUUAAAAUAUUAUGCAAUUUACUCGUUUACACAAAAUAGUGCUAAAAAAGUUUAUCUUUAUAUUGUGAUUAAAAGAUUAUGUAAAAACUUGACUGUCUUUACAGCUGCAGUUAAUAUGAUGUUAUAUACAUUGUUUUUUUAUACAUUUUAUAACAAUUAAGGCUUUCUAAGUUUUUAAAAAUAGAAACCCAAUAUGAAAAAUGAAAAAAAACACUUUGGCUGACUGUAUUAGAAAUUAUUAACUAUUCUAGGAAGAAAACAGUACACAAUGUAUCUACAAGAAUUUUUUUCUAAAAAAAAAUACAGUAUUAUGGAAAUAUUUGUAAAAAUGCAAAAGAGAUGUCAUGACAGUUAAACUGAUUCCAUACCAUAACAAAACGUAAAUAUAGAAUAAAAACCAAAAGUCCAUCUUGUAAAUUGUUGUGCAUACCUCAUUGGUAGAUGUAUUACAGAGGCAUGUUGCCAUAUUCUGAUGCUGAUUGGCAAAUCAGACUUCCAUUCUCUACUCUGAAUAUUCUAUACUCUGUAUGGAUGUAUUCUGUGUUUGAAAUUCCUUUGGAAACAAUGCAUUCAGGUAAAACUUCAUGGAAAAAUUUAAAACCACCCAUAGUUUUUCUGUGAAGCUGCUCAAACCUUUUUACGUUUGUUUUUUUGAUGUUGUUGUUUUAAUGUAAAAUGAGUUUUAAUUGCUGUAUUCCACAUUUAUGCAACAUUACAUACUUAUGAUACAAUAAGUGAUCUCAGCAUGUUGUUUAAUGUCAUUGUUGUUUUGUAUAAAAAGUUCUACUAUUUUAUCAUUGAUUGUAGUAAAAUCCUAUUAUAGUCAAUAUUAUUGUUUAUGUUAUCAAAAUUGGUUUUCAUAAGUAUCAAAUGGUGAUGUAUUAAUGUUUCACUAUUCAAUAGAAAUAAAACAUUUUGAUCUAAUAAUUUGAGAUGGAUAAGUAAUUCUUCAUGUGAUUUUGAAAUAUCCAUACCAAUUGGACAAGAGUGAGCAAUAGGACAUGGAUAUGAAUGUCUCUAGACUAAAAAGUGUUUCUUCAAAUCAUCAAGCAAUACUCAUAAUCUAGAUAUUAGGAUCAUUUUAUUAGUAUGUUUAACAUACAAUGCUUUUUAUUACAUUAUCAUUAGAAUGAUCUAUUCAUUUAUAAAAUGUUAUUUUUCUUUUGUGAUUUCACUUUUUUCAGAGAGAAAAAUUUCGGGAUUGUGCCAUGUUCUCAACUAUUGUUGAAUUUGAGAAAAACUAAUACCUUUUAAAGUCAACAAUUUAUAUAAUGAGAAUGCAUUAGUUGAACAUCAAUGUUUUUUGUUUGUUUAAUAUCUUGUUAAAGAUCAUGCUAGAUAACCAUCAUUGCCAUUGCUAUUAUGACAGAUAUUUAUUUUUUUUAUAUUCAGGAUUUAUUAUUUUUCCAAGAUAUUUGGAUUCAUGUUAUUUUAAUUUUAUAUAAGUACAUUUUGAUAAAUUUUGUUAUUCAUUUUCUUGUGUUAUGUUUUAUGCUAUGUGACAAUAACUGUAUAUGUUUCAAAUAGAUCAUACUGCUAUAUAGGCUACUAGUCAAUAUAACUCGAUAUGUAUGAAUAGAUAUUUCUAAGAAUGAAUGUAAUUGAUGGUAAAACCUGUCCU